GGAAGAGGCUAAACAGUCGACGUUUCGGACCGAGACUCGCUUCCAUGGAUGAGUCCCUCCAGUGUGUGUUGGUUCGGAGCAAGGCAAGCGGUGCCCCGGCCCCAGAGUGCGAGGGGCUGCCCGAGCAGGCGGGAGAGGCGAGGUCGGCACCGCGACCGGGCGGUAGGACCCGGGGGCUGCCCCGCUUGUGUCACUCCCAGACCACGUGGCGUCGGGGUCCCGGCAUGCUCCGCGGAGGAGACAUGAGGGCGGCGACGCGUCGGAAGUGUUGGUUGAGAUGGACGGAGGGAGGUCGGAGGUGAGAGGUCGCGGUCCGGCGGCCGGCCGGCCGACGAUGAGCGGCGGCCAGGCACCACAGAGUAAAUAUGCGGAGCUGCUGGCUAUAAUUGAAGAGCUGCGGAAAGACGUUCGGCCGUCGUACGCUGGGAAUAAAAGCGCAAUGGAGCGUCUAAAGCGAGAAAGUACUGGAUAUGGCCCAGUGGAUGAAGCGCACCCGACCAUUGAGCACAUGUGCAGUGGAGCGUUAUUGCAUGAAGCAGCACCCAUUAUCAGGAACCCUCAUCAACCAGGCCAUUCUCUCCUCACUGCUGCCAUCAGGUACAGGAGCCUCAGGACUUGCACCACCAGGUUCAAGAAUGGUUAUUACCCCUCAACCAUCAGGCUCAUGAACUAAAGAGGGUAACUUCACUGAACUGAUUCCACAACCUAUGAACUCUCUUUCAAGGACUCUUCAUCUCAUGUUCUCGGUGUUUAUUGCUGAUUUAUUUAGUAUUAUUUUGUUUUUUUUUCCUGUUUUGUAUUAGCCCUGUUUGUUGCCUUUUGCCCACUGGCUGUCUGUCUUUGGUGUGUGCAGUUUUUCAAUGAUUCUGUCGUGUUUCUUAGUAAUUAUUGUGAAUGUCUGCAGGAAAAUGAAUCUCAGGGUUGUACAGGGUGACAUGUAUGUACUUUGAUAAUAAAUUUACUUUGAACUUUGAAUUGCUUCCUGUGGGUGGACAAGAGAAGAGAAUGUGUUUGUUAGCACUUGGAAUUGCUUUUCUGUUGGGACAAAUCAUCCAAAAGUUAAUAAUUCCAUUUCUGAACCAGAAGCAGGUUUAAUAUUGUAUGUCAGGACAUUUGUCAGCAGUACACGACAAUAGUAUAACUAUAAAUUACAAUAAGUAUAUAAAAUUAACGAAAUAGUGCAAAAAGAGAGGGAAAAUACUGAGGAAAUGUUCAUUGUCCAUUCAGAAAUGGAUGGCAGAGGGGAAGGAGCUGUUCCUGAACCGUUAAGUGUGAGCCUUUGGGCUCCUGUACCUCCUCCCUGACAUUAGCAAUGAGAAGAGGACAAAGAUCUCUUUGUAGAACUACUGAGAAGUGGAAAGAAAAAUUCCAAAACUGCACCAGGCUUCACGUGGCCUAUAGCUCUGCACUUGGCUUUAGAGUCAUAGAACUGUACGGCACAGAAACAGGCUCUUCUGGCCAUCUAGUCUGUGCCAGACCAUUUAAACUGCCUACUCCCAUCGACCUGCACUGGGACCAUAGCCUUCCAUACCUCUGCCCCAUCCAUGUACCUAUCCAGACUUCUCUUAAACAUUGAAAUGGAGCUUGCGCUGCAGCUCGUUCCACACUUUUCACCCGCCUCUGAGUGCCUCCCAGCACAGUAAGCAAAUAUCCCUACUUUGGCAUGAGGGUGAAUGGAGCCAAGACCACGUCCUAAAUAUUCAUGCCCAAAGAUCUGUCUGAGUGAUCCCAAUAGGUCCAGUGACUUACCAUCUCCAUGUGAAUCUGAAACUGGACGCAGUUUCAAAUCACGCAGAUGCGCCGACAGUGACAGAAUCGGAACUUUCUCGCGGCUUUGUCCAUAACAACAUUAUCAAACAAACAAUGUGUAACUUGCAGAACAAAUUCCACCCUGUACCCAGAUAACAGCUUCAGUCUAUACAAAGUAAUUCUCCAGAUAAGGCGUCACCCUGAGGUUAGUUUUUAAGCUUGUUCCGUGACAGUGAGCAAUCCUCUUAUCAGAAACAGCCAUUAUCGGUACAGUUGGCUCUGGAAAAUAGACAAGCAAUUUGACAGUUAAAUCUAUCUCUUACGUUCAUCCGAAACCAAUCGCUUCAGGAUAAUUGCUGUUGCCAAUGGAAAUCUGGAGAAUAUAAAUAGAAUCAUAGAUUAGACUUCUUGAGUUAAGAUAUUCCUUUUUCUUCAAACGGUUGUCCUUUAUUAAACAAAACUGAUAUUUUUACCCCAUCUGGAAGUUGCCGAAAUUCUAGCCGGUCCCUUGUUUUAUUUCUACAUAAUGAUUAAUUGCUCGUGUCACACACUAAACGUGACAAUUCUGGUCUUCAAAGUACGUUUAUUAUCAAAGCAUGUACAUGUACAACCUUGAGUUCUGACUCAUUACAGGCGGCCACAAAACAAAGACCCCAUUAAAACAGUCGAACACUCAAUUCGCAGAACAAAAAACAAAUCGUACAAACAAUACAAGGAGGCAAAAAACUUUCAGAACUGAAGUUCAUGAAAGUGAGUCCACAGCCAUGAAGCCAGUCAGCAGUGCAGCUGAUCCAGGAGCCCGCUAGUUGCGGGCCACGGCCUCGGUUCAGUGCAGAGGCGAAUAAACCUCGUGGAGUGGUGUGUUGAACACCAGCCCCAUGGAGUGGACACUCUGAUCUUUCACAAUCUGGCUUGGCGCUUAAAUCGGCCAUAACCCCGGUUAUUCCUUGCUCUCGGACCUGGGACCUGCUGCCUCAAUUCAGUCCAUAACUGACCUUUCCAAUUCGCCCGGUGCUUAAGUCAGUCAAAUCUCAGCUCGACCCUCGCUCUUGGGUGCAGACACCGCCCACCUCGGUUCGGCCACUUCGAAUCACCUCCGAGUCCACUCCAACAGCCAAACAUUGCCUCUUUCUUUCCCUGCUCUCCAGCCCAGCGCCCUAGUGCCUCAAUUCGGCCCAUACACACAUCACAACUGUCCUGCGCCUUCGAGACUUCAGUUCGCUUCAUGGAAUAAUAAGAGGAGAAUUGAUUAUUUUAUUUUUUAUUAUAUACUAUUAGAUUAAUACUAUGUAUGAUCUUGAUAAUGUUUAUUUUACCUUUUAUAUGAAUUGUUAUCGAUAUAGAUAUUUGAGAUAAUUCUCUUGUUUAUAUAUAGAACCAUAAAACAUUACAGCACAGAAACAGGCCAUUUUGGCCCUUCUUGGCGGUGCCGAACCAUUUUUCUGCCUUGUCCCACUGACCUGCACCUGGCCCGUAUCCCUCCAUACACCUGUCAUCCAUGUACCUGUCUAAGUUUUUCUUAAAUGUUAAAAGUGAGCCCGCAUUUACCACUUCAUCUGGCAGCUCAUUCCACACUCCCCCCAAGCCCCCCCACCAAUGUUCCCUUUAAACUUUUCCCCCUUCACCCUUAACCCUCUGGUUUUUUUCUCCCCUGGCCUCAGUGGAAAAAGCCUGCUUGCAUUCACUCUAUCUGUACCCAUCAUAAUUUUAUACACCUCUAUCAAAUCUCUCCUUAUUCUUCUACGCUCCAGGGAAUAUGUACUUCUUUUAGUUAAUAAAAAGAUUGAAAAAGCAAGAGGUUUUAGUUCACUCCGCAAAAAUGCCACAUUGAACAGGCGGUUCAAAAGCUCAACUCUGAAAGGAAAGUUACAGACUGUUGAUUACCAUGACCGGUUUAAUGCAGUGUUAAUGUGUUAUGAGGUUAUAUGUGGUUUGAUUUAAUUAAACAGCUAAGGAAAGGUUAA